AUGACGGCUCCUCCUCCUCCUUCUUCUCCUCCCCACGUCACGGUGCCUGUCUCUCCGUUCCGCCGUCCAUCCUCGUUCAACUUCGCACGCGAUGUCGUCGACUACUGGGCACAGAGGGAUCCGGCGCAAGUCGCGCUCUACUGGACGGACCAGAAUCUAAGCACGUCGAGGCAAUUCACCUACACUCACUUCUCGCGGCAGUCUCACCGCGUCGCGACUCUCCUCACGUCGCUCGGGAUCAGGCAAGGCGACAUAGUCAUCCUGAUAGCGCCGCGGGUGCCGGAAUGGUGGGAGAUCGCGACGGCAUGUCUACGCGUGGGGAUCGUGUUGUGUCCAUGCACCACGCUCCUGGUGGACAAGGACAUCGAAUACCGGCUGCAAGUGUCGGACGCAGCAGCCUUCAUUGGCGAUGAGACGGCGGUCGCCAAAUGCUUGAAAGUAAGGGCCAAUUGUCCGAAACUGCGGGUGGUGGUGCAGUUGGAUGGCAGUGGCGACGACAAAGUCCCUGCGGGCGUGCACGACUUGCAAGCCGAAUUGGCAAAGAUCCCCAGUGACGGCAGCCUCAGGCAUGUGGCUGUGCCUAGUACCUUGAAACCAAGCUCUCCGGCCCUCAUCUUUUUCACGUCCGGCACGACAGGCCCGCCCAAGAUGGUGCUACACACGCAGAUAUCGUACCCUCUAGCGCACGCCUUGACGGGGAUAUACUGGCUCCAACUGUCGCCGGGAAAGGUCUACUGGAAUCUGUCGGAACAGGGCUGGGCAAAGGCGGCCUGGUCGUUCUUUUCGACGUGGAACUGUGGCGCCACGCUGUUCGUGCACGACGACCGCCUGGCCUUCAACCCGCGCCGCACGCUGGAAGUACUGCACAAGUUCCCCAUCACCACGUUGUGUGCGCCGCCCACCGUCUACCGGCAGCUGGUGCUCGACCAGAGUCGACAGUUCUUUGCCACCGCUCAGGGCAAGCCGCAGGCACUGGUCCAUUGCUGCGGAGCUGGCGAGCCAUUGAACGAGGGUGUCAUUCGCACUUGGAAGCAGAUGACGGGUGGGAUUGAGAUCUACGAUGGAUACGGCCAGACCGAGACGAUCGUCGUGUGCGCGAACCAACAGACUAAUCAAGUCAAGCCCGGCAGUAUGGGCAAGCCGCUCCCCGGGAUUCCCUUGACAGUGAUUGACUCGGAGGGAAACGUCACCCAGGACGACGAGGAAGGGGACAUUGCCAUUGCCGUCGCUGCUGCCACUGGCACGUCGAAUAACGACAAGGAGUCGUCAUUUUUCGGUAUCUUCGAGGGCUAUAUUGACAAAAAGACGGGCAAGCUCGACACCAAGAUCAAAACCUUCCCGAAUCGGAGUAGGUAUUUCAUCACGGGCGACCGCGCGAGUCGUGACGCCGACGGCUAUUUCUGGUUCGUGGGGCGGAGCGACGACGUGAUCAAUUCGAGUGGUUACAGAAUUGGCCCCUUCGAAGUCGAAUCAACGCUGAAACUGCACGACUCCGUGGUCGAGUCGGCCGUCGUGGCCUCGCCAGACCCGCAGCGCGACGAGGUGGUCAAGGCCUUCAUCGUGCUCACCGACGCCGCGGCCGCCGAGACAGCCAAAUCGCGCGCAGCUCACGAUGCGCUCGUGCGUGAAAUCCAGGCCUUUUGCAAACGCCACGCCGCGCCCUACAAGUAUCCGCGCAAGAUCGAGUUCGUGCCCGCCAGCUUCUUGCCCAAGACCAUCAGUGGCAAGAUCAAGAGGGCCGAGUUGAAAGCUUUGGAGAGGAAGAGGUAUCGAGAGGGAGGGGGGCAGGCGCGGGAUACGAAGUUAUAA